CCCGCUGUUUCUUAAUGAAAUAGAAAAGAACUUGUCCAAUUGUUGUCGAGUUGUUAUUUUUGUUUUUAAUUAUCUUGUACCUUCAUAAUAUUUCCGGUAUGACCAGUUCCGUCAGUACAAAUCCAUCGACUUUAUUGCCUUUAGAAUUGGUCGACAAGUGCAUCGGUUCUCGAAUACACAUUAUUAUGAAAAAUGACAAGGAGAUCGUCGGCACAUUACUGGGUUUCGACGACUUUGUAAAUAUGUUACUGGACGACGUUACAGAAAGCGAAGCAACCCCUGAAGGACGAAGGGUUACGAAGCUCGAUCAAAUUUUGCUCAAUGGUAGUCACAUUACGAUGCUUGUACCUGGUGGAGAAAUGCCUGAUACGUAAAGUAAUGCUUGUCUUUACUAUUUUUUGUACAAUAAAAGUGUAAACAUUA